GGCGGCGGGAGCGAGCGGCAGCUGUCAGGCCACCGAGGUCCGAGCUGCACUUGCUGCCCCACUGAGGACGAGGCGGCAGCGCGAGCUGUGACCUGGUCGCGGAGGAGCCGGGCUAGAGGCACGCAGAGCUGAGCUGCCUGGCAUCUGUAGCCCUGUCCGUCCUCCUUGCCAUUGUGUUGGAGCCCUAAUAAGAGAAUAAAGCAGCAAGAGGGACAGAGGAGAGGACUGAAAUUGUGAAAAAAUAAAACACAGCUGGGUUCUUUUGUUUGCAAACUUCUCCCUGUUUGGUGGUAGAACAAUGAGUGGAAAAUCCCUUCUCUUAAAGGUCAUUCUCUUGGGUGAUGGCGGAGUUGGGAAAAGCUCACUCAUGAACCGUUAUGUCACCGACAAGUUCGACUCCCAGGCUUUUCACACCAUAGGGGUAGAGUUCUUAAAUCGAGAUCUGGAGGUAGAUGGGCGCUUUGUGACACUUCAGAUUUGGGACACUGCAGGGCAGGAACGUUUCAAGAGCCUUAGGACACCAUUCUACAGGGGAGCAGACUGCUGCCUGCUGACCUUCAGUGUGGAUGACCGGCAGAGCUUCGAGAACCUUGGUAACUGGCAAAAAGAAUUCAUCUACUAUGCAGAUGUAAAGGACCCAGAGCAUUUCCCCUUUGUGGUUCUGGGUAACAAGGUAGACAAAGAGGAUAGGCAAGUGACGACUGAGGAGGCAGAAGCCUGGUGCCUGGAGAAUGGGAAUUACCCUUAUCUAGAAACAAGUGCCAAAGAUGAUACUAAUGUGACAGUGGCCUUUGAAGAAGCUGUUAGGCAGGUGUUAGCUGUAGAAGAACAGCUGGAACAUUGCAUGUUAGGUCACACCAUUGAUUUGAACAGCACCUCCAAAGCAAGUUCUUCAUGCUGUUAGAUAUAGGGACUCUGUUCAAAAGUGUGCACUAAGUUGAUUAGUCCAUAGUGUAAGAACUACUGUGCCCUCUGGUAGUAUGCACACACACACACACACACACACACACACACACACACACACACACACACGCCUGUGCACGUGUGAGAGUAACAGAUAAGGUUCUACUUUUGAAACAGAAUCUUUCAAAUUGAAGUCAUAGAGCAGUUUUAAAAAAGCUUUAUUGAGCCAAGUGUAUUUUGCGUGAUUUUUGCUAUGUUCCCUUCCUGUGUAUCUCAGGACACUGCAGAAAGUGUCAGUCCUGAGUGAUUCGAGUGUUUUUAAAUCGUGGUUUAAACCUGGAAGUCAGCCGCAGGACGGGGUGAAAGAGCUUACAUUGGUCCAUCAGCCAGCGAGCAGACGCCACCGCCAGACUUCUGCCAAGCCAUUGGUGCCACUUCUACCAAAGGGAAAAUACGAUUCUGAGCUGUAGUACAGCGAAAAUAACAACGGGAGCAAGGAUUUCUAAGCAGGAAUUAGAAAAAUGUGGUGAUGAUUAGGAAUGUAGGUAUUUAAAAUUGCACACUGACUUGUUCAAAUCCUUACAUAUGGUUUAAUCUCAUGAACUUAAAAAAAUCAUCUCAAUAAUGAACUUAAAAAUACUCUAAUGACAUGGGAGGUUGAUUCUAAUCCAUGUGUUUGAGUCACAGGACACUAGUGAAUGGAUUAUGCUUAAAUAUGCCAACCCCCUUUGCAAAUACAUGGUUGGCCUGCUUUUUCCUUCAUACAGUCUACUGCUGCUGCAUAGAAAUGUUGCUUCCUUGACAACUUAUCAAUUUAGUGAUGCUGCUUAGUUUGUGGCUUUGGGUGCAGUGCUCUCUGCCUAAAAUUUAGACGGUCCUAUGGUUCACCAUGCUGGCUCAUGAAGAAAGCUUCAGAAAACAUUGGAGAGUAGCGGCCUUUUCCCACAGGUUCCUUCACUCAGUUGUGUGUUGUAGAGGAAGGAUCUGAUUCUUGGGAUGUCUCACCAAAUGUUCAGCUGGCCAAACUAGGACAUUAAAACUGGCAAAAGAGCAGAUUUUUUUAAGCUUUGUGUUAGAAUGAAUUUCUCACAAUUAGAUUGGUUCAAAAAUGGAAUAGACUGCCUUAAUAGUGAGCUCCCUCCCAGUAAAAGUAGUCACUGGAUGAGCAUCUGUUAAAAUACUGUAAAAAGAAAUACUGUACUGGCCAUGUGUUUUACGGCUCCUUCAGGUUUAAGUUCCGAAUUUACAAACUAUCUCAGUGCCAUGUUCUGGUUGGAUUUAUCUGAAAAUAAUAGUUAAGACUAUAGAGAGGGCCUUAAAAAAUCCUCAAGCCAUUCUGGGAUUAGCCUUCAACAACAACUGCUAUUCAAAACAUGUUCCAAAGACACCAUGCUCAAAAAGUAAUUUGACAGUUUUUGAAUACCAUGACUGCCAAUAAUUAUACUGUAUUAUGAAUGUGCCAUCUGGUUUUUAUUGGUUGAUCUGCAUAGAUUUUUAUCUGUGCUUUAAAACAUGUAUGAUAAAAAUUGUGACCCACUGUAGAGAGGGACAGUUAGAUAAGGCCCCCCAAAGAGAUUUAGGCCUGGGAUGGGGUGGGAGCAUUCACAGGAAUACAGCCUAGAAUUCUCCAUUGUAGCCACAUAUGGAAUCAGCCUUACACUUGGGACCUUAUGUGCUUUAAGAACUCUGGUACUUUUGGGCCACAUAGACAGGAAGAGGACAAUAUUUCAACCAGACUUACUCAGUAUUUCCAAUUAUUGUAUAGUCCUGACCCUAUUGUCCAAUUAAUUUAGAUGCCAGAAGUGAGAGCCAGAACUGGGACCCCACAGCUCUUAAAUAUUGGUUCCUAUCCUGCCUAUGCCUAUAGCCAGCCACACUGGUUUCAAUGUUCUACAGUCAUUUUGCUACAAUCAUGUUUGGGUGAAACUCUGUACGUUAGAACUAAUAAAUGGUAAUUGUUUUUAAGUGCAUGAGACCUGGGGCCUUCUCUUUCUACUUGCUCUCUGCUUCUAAUAGUUUCUAUUUGUAGAUCUCAGGCCUUCAUAAAGAUCUCCAUCAGCUCACAAAACCUAUUUGUCUCUGUAGAGUGGCAUGUGCUCAUUUGAGUAAAAAUAAAAGUACAUGGGAAUUCAAUUCAUAGGCAUCCUGUCCGUCGAGACAAGUGUUAAUUUGAUUGGCAGGUAAACUGAAGCCCCUUUCUUCUUAGCCAUAUACUUUUUUUUUUCUACCAAAUUACUUCACAAUAUCAAGCACGUAAGUAAGUGACAAAACAGUGGCAUUUUGGUGAAUAACACCCAGUGGGUGCUGACAUAUAGUUUGGGUAAUAUUAAAAACACCGAAAGCUGACAUCUGUGUUACCAGAAACUGUGCAUAUGGGUUUUGAAAUUGACUGUGUAUAAAGAAUGUGCAGUGACAUAUUUUCAAUAGGUGUUUUUUAAUGAACAGUAGAUUUUUGGAAUAAUGCAUUUCUAAUUAGAAGCAUACUGUUUUUCAAUGGUCCAUUAAAACAUCAUACGAAAUAUUUAUUUAAUUUAUUGUCAUGUAUUGGCUUUUAGUGGGGGGGGGGGCUCAGAUUCCAUAUGUCUUCUGUGGAUUGAUGAAUUUCAGGUGUAUUUGUACCUGCCUCAGCCAUCUCUACUUUAUCCUGAGGUAUUCCACAAUCCUCUUGUUGCAGGUGCUGCUCAAAAUCUCAAAAUGUGUAUAAGAUAUUUUGUUCCAGUUGUUUUAAAAAAUCACGUGUCAAAGUGAAUAAAAAGUGCAUUUUGAAUAACCAA